CCGCCUCAUCUUUCCCCGAUGUUCCGGGAGGCGCCAGCGUUCCGGAACGCUGCCGAGUGUGGGGCGGACCGGUGGACAUCGCCAUGACGUUGGACGCCAACUACCUCCGCGGCACCAUGGCCGCGGUGCUCUCCAUCCUGCAGCACACGGCGUGCCCGGAGAGUGUGAUCUUCCACUUCCUCACCGCCGAGCACGACGACAGCCUGGCCGCCGCGCUGCGCUCCACGUUCCCAUUCCUCGACCUCCGGGUGUACCGCUCGACCCGUCGCGCGUCCGCGUCGGCGGCCGCAUCUCCCGGUCGGUACGCCAGGAGCUGGACCGACACGCUGCCCGCGGACGUGAGUCGCGUGACGUACCUCGACUCCGACGUGAUCGUGGUGGACGACAUCCGGACGCUGGCCUCCGUGGACCUCGGAGGGCACGUGGUGGCGGCACCGGAGUACUGCCACGCUAACUUCCGCAACUACUUCACGGACGCGUUCUGGUCGGACACGGCGCUGGACGGCACAUUCCGCGGGCGGCGGCCCUGCUACUUCAACACGGGCGUGAUGGUGAUGGAUGUGGAGAAGUGGCGCACCGGCGGGUACACGCGGCGGGUGGAGGAGUGGAUGGCGGUGCAGAAGCAGUGGCGGAUCUACCACCUCGGCUCGCUGCCGCCGUUCCUGCUGGUUCUUGCCGGGGACAUCCGGGCGGACCACCGGUGGAACCAGCACGGCUCGGGCCUCGGGGGCGACUACGUCGAGGGCUGCUGCCGAGGGCUCCACCCGGGCCCCAUCAGCCUGCUCCACUGGAGCGGCAAGGUCAAGCCGUGGCUCCGGCUCGACGCGCGGCGGCCCUGCGCCGUGGACUACCUCUGGGCGCCCUACGACCUCUACCGGCACUCAUCGCCGGUGAUCGAGGAGUGGUGAGCAUGCAGUCAGCACCUGAGGACCUAGCAGUGGUAGGACGUGCAGUUCUUGUAGAAGGGGAGGCGCAUGCACUCACGCAAUGCUACAGAACAAAGAUAAAAGAGAAGACAGGGAAAUGGA